AGCGCGAGCGAGCGAGUGAGCAAUACAAAAUAAUAUUUUGCGCAAAAAGGGCUAAGAACCUGAUCAAUAAAUUGUAGUUAAUGUUGAAUGUGAGCUAAAACGCGCGUGCUAAACUAGCGAUAAACAAUUUGUGUCCUUGCAUCCUGCCACUGGCCCCCAGGCAGCUGACAAACAAAUCACACAGCGCUGCUCUGAAAAAAAGAACACCCACACAAACACCAGCGCGCGCAGCGAGAAGUGAAACAGAAACAGCAACAGCAAAAACAACAACAACAGCAACAAGAGGAGCAGCAACGUUUUAGUGAUGUCAUCAGAAAUCGUCGUCCAGCAUCCAUCAACUUCAAACUGGCAAAAUUGAAACGGAAAAGACGCCAAACUGAAGCACUUGUCGGAGAGCGUAACGGUGCUGCUGAAAAUCGCUAAAAUGGACAGCAUCGUCGAGGAGAACGGCAACUCGGCCUCCAGCGGUAAUGUGAACGACGUCAACGAUGUCACAUCAGCAGCGGCCGUCGCCGCCGCUGCCGCCGCCGCAGCAGCAGCAGUGGCAGCAACAGGCGGCCAACAGCAACAGCAGCAGCAGCAGCAAACACAACAAAACCAGCAAAGUACAACGAGCGGCGUUCCAGCGACGGCCAACACAAACAACGCCAGCGGCGCGGCAUCCGUGCUGACAACGACCGCCAACUGCAAUAUCCCCUACCCGAUGCAGACGCUCGUGCAGCACGGCCUGCAGGUGCAAUCCGUGAUACAGGCGGCCAAUCAUUCGGGUGUCAUACAGACCGCUGCCGGCACACAACAACAGCAGCAGCAGCAGCAGCAACAGCAGCAACAACAGCAACAGCAGCAGCAACAACAGCAGCAGCAACAACAACAGCAGCAGGCGCUGGUCGCCGCAUCGGCGAUACACAAAGGCGGCACCAGCGUCGUCUAUAUGACAAAGCCGGCCAACACGACGGUCAUCCAUACGACCACGAGCAACGCAGUGCAAGUGCGUAACAAAAUCCCUCCAAAUUUUCAAUGUAAGAUCAAACCCGAACCGACUACCCAGCAUCCGGAGGACAGCGACGACAGUUUAUCGGACGAUGACUCGCAGCAUCAUCGCAGCAAUCUGACACGAAGGCCAUCGUACAAUAAGAUCUUCACCGAAAUCAGUGGACCCGACAUGAGCGCGAGUGGAGCACUGCAAAUGUCCGACAGCAACGUUCUCAGCUCUCAGCUGAGUAGCGGGGCGGGGGGCGGCGGCGGCGGCAACAUAGCGGGCAGUCCACUGCUGCACAUGGCGUCGGACCCGGGCUACUUUCUAUCCAGUCGGAUAGCAUACAAUACCAAUAACAGUGGCAUUCCGGAGGAUCAGACACGCAAGCGAGAGAUUCGACUGCAAAAGAAUCGAGAGGCGGCGCGCGAAUGCCGGCGCAAGAAGAAGGAGUAUAUUAAGUGCCUGGAGAAUCGUGUGGCGGUGCUAGAGAACCAAAACAAAGCGCUCAUCGAGGAGCUCAAGUCGCUGAAAGAGCUUUAUUGUCAGACCAAGAACGAUUGAACGUGGAGCCGAUGCUGGCAUAGGCAGCAGCAGCAGCCGCAGCCGCAGCAGCAGCAGAAGCAGCAGCAGCAGUUGUUGCUGACAGCAGCAAUAGCAACAGCAGCGGCAACAAUGGCAGCAGCAACUGUUGUAGCUUUAUGUCUACACUGGCCUGGCAACAACAUCGACACGGAGGAGUAUGCUAGUUGGCAGCAGGAUGCGAACAGGAGCAAGGACACAAACUGGAGCAGGGACGAUGACGACUGCAAUUGGCCGCAUAUCAUGAUUAGCAUACAAAC